CAUUAGUGGGCGGAGUGUGGGAUGAGAAAUAGAGAAAAAGACUCCUGAAAGAGGAUUCUAUAGCAGGGAGGGAUACCGGCAGUGAAACAGUUGACCUGAUUCUGACCUCUGAACUGUCCAAGAUGGCGACCUCCUUCACAAGAAUGAUGUCCGGCCGUAACACGGCCGUGCUGUUGGCCAGCCUGGGAGCAGGCACCAUGGCAACCGGCUACCUGAUGACCGACAGCAACAUCCUGUCCGCUGAGGAGAGGAGGAAGCUCUAUCCACCCAGCGCUGACUAUCCUGACCUGAGGAGGCACAAUAACUGCAUGGCGCACUCCCUGACCCCUGCUAUCUACGGCAAGCUGAGAGACAAGGUGACCCCUAACAACUGGAGCCUGGACCAGUGCAUCCAGACCGGAGUGGACAACCCUGGCCACCCCUUCAUCAAGACUGUCGGCAUGGUGGCUGGGGACGAGGAGAGCUACGAGGUGUUUGCUGAUAUCUUUGACCCCGUCAUCAAAGACCGACACAAUGGCUACGACCCCAAAACAAUGAAACACCCCACUGAUCUGGACGCGUUCAAGAUCACCAACGGUAUGUUUGAUGAGAAAUACGUUCUGUCGUCUCGCGUGCGUACAGGCCGUAGUAUCCGCGGUCUGAGCCUGCCCCCGUGCUGCUCCCGCUCGGAGCGCCGUGAGGUAGAGCGUGUGACCGUCCAGGCCCUGGCCGGCCUGAAGGGUGAUCUGGCCGGACGUUACUACAGCCUGGGAGACAUGACGGAGAAGGAGCAGCAGCAGCUUAUUGAUGAGCAUUUCCUGUUCGACAAGCCCGUCUCUCCUCUGCUGACCUCUGCCUUCAUGGCCCGUGACUGGCCUGAUGCCAGGGGCAUCUGGCACAACAAUGAGAAGACCUUCUUGAUCUGGGUCAAUGAGGAGGACCACACCAGGGUCAUCUCCAUGGAGAAGGGAGGAAACAUGAAGAGAGUGUUCGAGAGGUUCUGCAGAGGACUCCAACAGGUGGAGAAGCUGAUCCAGGAGAGAGGCUGGGAGUUCAUGUGGAACGAGCGCCUGGGAUACAUCCUGACUUGCCCCUCUAACCUGGGUACUGGACUCAGGGCUGGAGUGCACAUCAGACUGCCCAACCUCAGCAAGGACCCUCGCUUUGGUAAGAUCCUGGACAACAUGCGUCUGCAGAAGAGAGGGACAGGCGGAGUUGACUCAGCCACAACUGGAGACACCGUUGAUAUCUCCAACAACGACCGUCUGGGAAAAUCUGAGGUGGAGCUGGUCCAGUUGCUGGUUGAUGGAGUCAACUAUCUGAUUGACUGUGAGAAGAAGCUGGAAAGGGGCCAGGACAUCAAGGUCCCCUCCCCCAUCACCCAGUUCAGAAAGUGAAACACCUGAGCCCCACGUCUGAGAGGAAGUGACCCGCUCUGCGGUUAGAGAGGGCCAAAGAAGAGGAGUUAGGCCUGAUCCCUCCUCAUCCCCAAACUGAGCAAUUUGGAGUAAAGUAGAAGUAGAAUUUCUUUCCACUGGUCCAGGGACAAGUGUUGGUGUAUCCCCCUUGAUGGUUAAGGCUGGGGUUGGGGGUAUCAUAAUCUGAUCCUAGAUCUGUGGUUAGGGACAGCUUCUACCAGAAGCGAAAGUCUUACCUGUAACAUUAACCUCAAUAAAAAUCAACCCUAAUAAAACCACUGAUCUCUGAUCAAUAAAACAACUAAUUCUCUGAUUCCAAGGCGAUAUUACAGCUUGUGUUUUCUCCUUCUACUAAUCAUUCUACCCUAACUAAAAGCUUAAAUACCUUUCCAA